GUCUGAACACAUACAGAACCGCAACUGUAAUCUCAGCAAGCAACAUGUUAGUGUUUUUCGCUGUGGUCUUAUCGUUGUCACUUACGUCCGCAUUUGCGGACCGAGUGCCGCGCAGUUGUGGCGCUUGUGAACCCAGUCUGUGCGACGCUCUCCCAGAGGUGGGCUGCAAGUCUGGCACGAUUUUCGACUCCUGCGGUUGUUGUUCACUUUGCGCGGCUGGAGAGGGGGAGCCAUGCAGGGGGCGCGGAACCACAGCCAAGCGUUGCGCCUCUGGACUGGAGUGCGUUAAGAGCGACAAGAACAAGAAAACAAAGCUCGGAGUUUGCGCCUGCAAGACCAAAUACGAAGUGUGUGGCUCCGAUGGAGUGACCUAUAAAACUGGCUGCGACUUGAAAGUUGCCAGCCUGAAAGCGGUGAGCGAGGAGAAGCCUGAAAUAAAGGUCCUCAAUAAAGGAAAAUGCGCAACAGCACCUGUCAUUGUGACGGCCCCUGGUGAGGUCUACAAUGUCACAGGCUCCCAGGUGUACCUGAGCUGCGAGGCCAUUGGAAUCCCCACCCCCGUGAUCACCUGGAAGAAGGUCACCAGCGGAAAACAGAGAAUGGAGCUGCUUCCAGGAGACAGAGACAACCUGGCCAUUCAGACCCGUGGAGGACCUGAGAAACAUGAGGUCACCGGCUGGGUCUUGAUCUCGCCGCUCACCAAGGAAGAGGCGGGCUCGUAUGAGUGCCACGCUGUCAACACCAAGGGAGAGGCCUCAGCGGUGGGCACCAUUCAUGUGGUGGAGUCCAUCGAUGACAUCCCUGUCAAGAAAGUGGCCAAGGAUGAUGAGCUGUAAGGCAUCUCAGCACAGUAGAGCCUCGGUGGUGACUCCUGGCAGGAUCAGGAGAAGCCCCUACCAUCCCACCAGUAGACCUGUACAAUGACUAAGAAAGAGGACCAACAGCCACCAUUAGCAUCCCAGAGAUCCAUCAGAUUUAUAUUUGAGAACGUUGCCAUUUGUUAAAUAUGUGUUAAAUAUUUGAGUCAUUCAGCAGACACUCUUAUCCAGAGCAACUUUCAGUGGUGAGCGCGUACGUAAAAAUAAAUAAUGAAUAAUCA